CCCAGUUUGAAAGUGAACCAACCGCUCCAGUCGCAGAUUCAUCCCCAAAACAACAACAACCCGAACCGAGACACAGAAAGCCCAGAGAUCCGGUCCUAGUCCCCUUGUUCCGGGCCUCCUACCUGCGCCAUCAUGAUGCGUAAAGAUGUCAACAAGCCGAAGGGGAAGACGUCAGCCUACGCCUUCUUCGUCCAGACGUGUCGAGAGGAACACCGCAAGAAAAACCCCGAGCAGUCGGUCAACUUCGCCGAGUUCUCCAAGAAAUGCUCCGAGAGGUGGAAGGCGCUGUCCCCCGGUGAGAAGAAGCGUUUUGAGGACAUGGCGAAGGCCGACAAGGUCCGCUACAACCGGGAGAUGAGGGACUACGUCCCGCCCAAAGGUUUCGGCAAGAGAGGCCGCAAGAGGAAAGACCCCAACGCCCCCAAGAGGCCGCCGUCGGCGUUCUUCGUGUUCUGCAGCGAGUACCGGCCCAGUGUGAAGCAGCAGUACCCGGGUCUGUCCAUCGGCGACUGCGCCAAGAAACUGGGAGAGAUGUGGAGCAAACUGGGCCAGACUGAGAAGCUGCCGUACGAGGAGAAGGCCCAGAAGCUGAGGGAGAAGUAUGACCGGGACAUGGUGGCGUACCGCGGCGGGGGAACCUUCGCCAGGAACCCGGACUCUUCAGCUCAGGGCGGCGAGGAAGAGGAGGAUGAGGAGGGAGAGGAAGACGAUGAAGAUGAGGAAGACGACGAAUAGAGAGACUGAGGAGGACGGGGUGUGUUUCAGAGACCGGACCGGUACCAGUCGGGUCCGAUUAGACCGGUACGGACUGGUUCUGAUGGCGGACAGCUCGAUCGGGUCCAGAACCUCUGUUCUGUUCCCGACCCGUUGGCCUGACAGGGUCUGGUUCUGAGCCACCUGGGUUUAUCCCUAAGGUGUUGAUGAUCCAGAUCAGUUCUGGUUCUGGUUCUGUGACCCGUCUCAGAUCCAGAUGUCCAGCAGUACCAUUUCUCCUCCAGCAGGCGGCGCCUUGCAUCACCAGAACCGGGUCAGUCUGAAUGACUCCUGUGGGUCCGGUAUGGGUGUUGCCAUGGUAACUGACCAAUCAGUGGCCUCAGAAAGCCCAACAUGGUUCUGCUUCACCAGAACCGGGCCGCUGCACACCAGGAACCAGAACCAAACUGUUGAUCAACAUGGUUAGAACCUUUUGUGCGACCCAGUUCCAUGUUCUUCAUGGAACCGGGUCAGGAUGACCUGUUGACCAGCUGACCCAGUUACCAUGGUAACCAGCGGCUCCUCCCAGCUUCCCUCUGUAAUUCUGAGGUCAGUGUGACCUCUGACCUCUAGCAGAACCACAGCCUGAUCUGAUCCAGAUCGGUUCUGGUCAUGAACUCAGGUCUGGUUCCUGUUAGACACACGGAGCGGCUCGGAGUCCUGACCCAGGUCAGAACCAGGGCCCAGUUAGAGACGUGGUUCUGUACCUGGACUGAUCUUCAUCCAGAGGAUCCAGAACUUCACUGAGUCACUGAUGGAGAUCAGAGCUGCUGGAGGAGCUACUAGGUAGGAGCUACUAACUAGUAGCUGCAGCUGCUCUGGCUGCCAGGCACCGGCGCCCCCUGGUGGAUCCCCUGGUGGAUCCCUGCCUGGAGCUCAGGGAGCCCAGGAGUAGACACAACUACAGGAUGAGAAUUGAACCAGGCUCCAGAACCUCAGAGGGUUCUGGUUCAUGGUUUCUUCUCUGGAUUAUAAGACGAACUCUGACCCACCAUCACUGAGUUCUGACCAGAGUUCUGACCCGGUUCCAGCCGACCCGCUGAGAUCCACUGAGUUUAAACCCUCUGACUCGUCUGACUCUGAAACACACACCGGGUCCUCAGAGCGUUACUGCGUGUGUGAGAACUGUGUGUGUGUGUGUUAAACUGUCCAACAGUAGCCCCUCCCCCCUCACUGUUACCAUGGUUACCCCCCCUCUGUGUUUUUCGUUCUGUUAGUAGAAACUGCAGCUUUUAUAAUAAAACUACCAACUGCU